AUGCAUGAAGAUAAACAUGAAGAUAAUUUUACCGUAAAUAAAAUUGAUGUAAAUGAAUGUGAUGUAAAUGAAUAUAAUAUUAAUAUCAACAAAGUAUUAGUUGAAGCUGAAGAAGAACCUAAUUUUGAACAUAUCAAUAAUUAUAUCUUACAAAUUCCUGAAAUAGUCUAUCAAAUAACUUCAAUUGAUACAAGAUCUAUUUCUAAUCAAAGUGUUCUUCAAUUUCUUGAUGCUGCAUAUGCUGAAUUUAUAGAUCUUGUAUUGACACAUCACUUUUCUAAUUCAACUGAAAAUGAUAUAUUAAAGUAA